AUGCGCCGGGGCGCGGCGGGAGCGGAGCGCUCCCCGCCGGAGGCCGCCGCACCUGCUGCCGGAGGUGCGCGCUGGGCGCGGGGCGCGGCCGCCGGCGGGGCCGGGGCCGGCGGCGGGCGGGAGGCGGGAGGCGGGGAGGGGGGCGGCGGCCUCCCGUCUCGGGCGGGCUGUCCCGCUUCACUCUCUCCUCCCCGCCGAGCAUCGCGGGCGCGGAGCCGCGGCUGCGGCGCGCAGGGCGGCGGCGGGAGCGGCGCGGAGGAUGCGCUGAGCGAGCGCGGGAGCGGCGCGGCCGCGGCGCAGGUCAGUGGCGAGACCCCAACCCCCCCCCGUCCCCGGGCCCGGGACGCGCUUCGCCACCCGCAUCCCCGCAUCCCCCGGCCGCUCCCCAACUUUUCCCCGCACCACUUCGGGAAAGUGACCAAACUUGCGGCGGGGCCCCUCGUGCCGUGUCCCCUCCUCAUCCCGGCGGUGCGACCCCCUGACCUCAGGGCUGCUUUCCCGGUUCGCGGCGCUGUGAUUCCCGGUGAAAUUACAGCCGUAAUUGCCGGUGCCGGGAUUUGCGGGAGUGCUGUUCAGCCCUGCCCCUGCUCGGCCACACGGGCAGCUCGGACCGUGCAAUGCCCCUUCACACCUCAGCCUCCAGAACGGGUGUGUUCAAACCACGGCAAGAAUGAUUUGUACAAUGUGCAGCUGCCCGUGCAGCCGACAAGGCGGGCGGCAGCCCCGGGCGCUCCCCGGGCCCGGCACUCCCUCACGCCCUCAGCAGCCCUGGGCGCUCUCUGUGCCCGGCGCUCCCUCACGCCCUCAGCAGCCCUGGGUGCUCCCAGAGCCCGGCGCUCCCUCACGCCCUCAGCAGCCCCGGGUGCUCCCAGAGCCGGGCGCUCCCUCACGCCCUCCGCAGCCCCGGGUGCUCCCAGAGCCGGGCGCUCCCUCACGCCCUCAGCAGCCCUGGGUGCUCCCAGAGCCCGGCGCUCCCUCACGCCCUCAGCAGCCCCGGGUGCUCCCAGAGCCGGGUGCUCCCAGAGCCCGGCGCUCCCUCACGCCCUCAGCAGCCCCGGGUGCUCCGAGAGCCGGGCGCUCCCUCACGCCCUCCGCAGCCCCGGGUGCUCCCGGGACCGGCGCUCCCUCACGCCCUCCGCAGCCCCGGGUACUCCCCGGGCCCGGCUCCCUCACGCCCUCAGCAGCCCCGGGUGCUCCCGGGCCCGGCGCUCCCUCACGCCCUCAGCAGCCCUGGCCGCUCCCUCACGCCCUCCGCAGCCCCGGGCGCUCCCUGGGCCCGGCGCUCCCUCACGCCCUCAGCAGCCCCGGCCGCUCCCUCACGCCCUCCGCAGCCCCGGCCGCGCCCUGCCCGGCCCGAGGGCUCGGCAGCGGGCCCACCAUGGCUCGAAAGGAUCUGCAGCAAACACAAGGGAUCAGCUCACCCCACCCGUCGCAAGGACUCUGAACCCUCCGGGUAACAGCAAUGCCCACCAGCUGCUAGGAGGGAAGCAGUGGACCCGAGUGCGUUUCACCUGCUCUCUCUCAGGCGGCAUUUUGCUGGUGCCAUCGGAGCGGGCCAGAGCACUGCCUCUGGGAAGGGCAAUUUAA